GAGAGCUGACCGGUUCAGUUUAAGUUUAAGUGCGUUGAAGAGAUGAAGGUGCACGUCUUGUUGGUGGUUGUUGUAUUAUUGGUGGUAUGCUUCUCCGAGGGUGAAAGCAAGAGGUCUGGUGGUAGAGGAAGAAGCUCUUCAUCUAGAUUAGGAGGAUUGUUCAAUAGGAACAACAAGAAGAAAUCGUCGAACUCGCAGAAACCUGUCAGUGCAGAUGUCGUUCCUGCAGCUAAGGCUGUGGAUGUGAAACCAUCCGCGCCUAAAUUGGAAACAAAGCCGUCGGAGAGUAAACCUCCUGCUCCCAAAUUGGAGCCUUCAGCACCUAAAUAUGAGCCUUCCGCACCCAAAAUCGAGACUCAGAAGUUCCAGAAUCUGGAUUCCCGUCCAGCGAAUAUGCAGCAGAGACCCAUCGGAUGGGACGUGGGUCAAAGCAAUCAGAACACCUACCAUCAUCAAGCGAGGAGCGUGAACAACUUCGCUUAUCCAGUGAGCGGAUCUUACGUGAAUCCCGGUGGUCACAGCUCGUACCCAUCCCAUGCCGGAGCGUACCCAAACACAGGUUCUUAUAAUUAUUACGGCACAGGGCAAAAUUAUAACUAUGGUAAUGGGUUUAAUCAACAACAACCGUUCCCUGGUUACCAUCCCACAUCGAACAUAGGCGUUAUACCGCCGAGCGGUGCUAACGCCGGUCAAUACUACAAUAAUGUAGCAGGUUUUGGGAAUCAACCCAUGAUGGGUUCUCAUGGUCAAAGCAAGGGCAUCUUCGGAUCGUUGUUUGGUGGAGGUAAUAGUGGUGGUUAUGGUUACGGAAAUAAUUACGGGAUGUAUAAUAAACCUAGAGGUUUUGGAUCAGGGUUCGGUUCGAAUGCCUUCGGGAACGUCAUGAUCGGACUGUUGGUCUGGAAUCUGUUCAGAGGUGGAUCCAGUCAAAAAUACAACGUUUACAAUCAUUACAACAAGCCUGAAGAUGCGCCGAAGGAUAUUGAGCUUCCAGCGAAUCUGAUCAUGCUGUGUCCUGAAAAUGCAACGGCUUUAUGCGCCGGACAAACGACUCCUCUCUGCACUUCCAACGAUACCAUCCUUUGCGUUGCCACUGCCGCUACAACGAUUCCUUGCAAGGAUAAUCUACUGUCGCAAUGCGUCAACGUGACUACUCCAGAGUCGGACGUGACUAAUCUACCCUGCAUUGCGAAUGCCACGGUCAAUGGGAACGUCAAUUUAAAACCGGAUGAAAAUCCGACUACCUUCAACGCCACUUUCAGCCUCUUUAACCAAUCCACUAAUCAAACCGAUACAGUUUUUUGUGUAACAACCUUAGCCGUUCCCUACAUAGAAACCAUCGACGAAACUAACAGCACUUCUUCAGUGGUGACGGAAUCUUCAAAAGUAGAACUCACAACAUUAACAACUGCAAAUAUUACCGUAACCUAGUGCAAUCUAUAUAAAGGUUUUCGCUUGAUCAACAAUCGGUUGGAGAAUCUUCUGCUAGGGAUAAUGUCGAUUUUAAACACAAUAACAUUUCUAACUGAUUCUAUUAAAGGUAUUAUUAGAGUUAUGUUCGUCGUUGAGAUGAUCAGCAAAUAUUUGAAUGGAACCUUGACAAACGACUAUUGGUAUAAGAUAAUCUACUAACUGAUGCACACUCAAAAGAGCAACGCCAAAUUACUCGUAAAUUUUGUAAAUAAUAAUGUUAUAAAUAGAAUCGUGUAAUAAUA